AGUUUAUAAACAACGCUCGCCGGCUGCAGUUGGAAACGGAGAGCGCGUAAUCGGCGAUAUCAAUUCGUAGGACAUAGGACCGCCGUCAGCAUAUGUAAUUGCUUAUCACAGUCUGACUGUCCGAAAUCGCUCCAGCGACAACAGAUCCCCCAACAACUCGUGCCACCCCCCGCAAAUUGCCGGCUUACGUAAGCCAAUUGUAUUCGUUUUAGCUGAGAGAACAUCAAUCAAAAUACAAAUAACAAAAAAACAUGCGGCUAUUGGCCAGACACGCGAUUCGAUUGCUGGGUCAGGAGAAUAGCGCGGGCGAGGUGGCUUCACUUUCGAGAGGAGCAAUCCGGCUGAAGGCCACAACCGGUUACCUCAAUCUGGCCACGGCAAGUGUUCAGCCAUUGGAGCCGGAGAAACAGGUGCUGAGAAAGAAUUCGCCACUCACGGACUCCUUUGGCCGGCAUCACACCUAUUUGAGAAUUUCUCUAACCGAACGCUGCAAUCUGCGAUGCGACUACUGCAUGCCCGCUGAAGGCGUUCCGCUACAGCCGAAAAACAAACUCCUGACCACCGAGGAAAUCCUUCGUCUAGCUCGAAUUUUCGUGGAGCAGGGAGUGCGAAAGAUCCGCUUGACCGGCGGAGAGCCAACUGUGCGCAGGGAUAUCGUAGAGAUAGUGGCACAAAUGAAAGCACUACCCGAACUGGAGCAAAUCGGAAUUACCACCAAUGGCCUGGUGCUGACACGCCUGCUGUUGCCGCUCCAGAGAGCUGGACUAGAUAACCUGAACAUCAGUCUGGAUACGCUGAAAAGGGAUCGCUUUGAGAAGAUCACCAGGCGAAAAGGAUGGGAGCGGGUGAUAGCCGGCAUUGAUUUAGCUGUCCAAUUGGGCUAUCGCCCCAAGGUGAACUGCGUCCUUAUGCGGGAUUUCAACGAGGAUGAAAUCUGUGAUUUUGUUGAGUUCACCAGGAAUCGUCCGGUAGAUGUGCGGUUCAUAGAGUACAUGCCAUUCUCCGGAAACAAGUGGCAUACAGAGAGGCUCAUUUCGUAUAAAGAUACCCUGCAAAUCAUUCGACAAAGGUGGCCAGACUUCAAGGCCCUUCCCAAUGGACCUAAUGACACUUCUAAAGCCUAUGCAGUUCCGGGAUUUAAGGGUCAGGUCGGUUUCAUCACCUCCAUGACGGAACACUUUUGUGGUACCUGCAAUAGAUUGCGACUCACUGCGGAUGGAAACAUAAAGGUGUGCUUGUUUGGCAACAAAGAGUUCUCGUUGAGAGAUGCCAUGCGAGAUGAGAGUGUUAGCGAGGAACAGUUGGUGGAUCUCAUUGGAGCAGCCGUCCAGCGUAAGAAGAAACAGCAUGCAGGCAUGCUGAACCUGUCGCAGAUGGAGAACCGGCCCAUGAUACUCAUUGGCGGCUAGUAGACACACCACACUCUCUCCCCUCUCCCGUUGCAGAUGCUGCGCCAAGACUCCAUCAUCAUCUUCAUCCUUAUUCGUAUCACCACGCAUAUCAUACUUCAAGGCUGCAGCUUCAGGCCCGAAAUUACAGCCAACUCACCCAUGUCGAUGGCCAGGGCAAGGCCCAAAUGGUGGAUGUGGGCGCAAAACCUUCGACCACAAGAUUAGCUCGUGCAGAGGCCACCGUUCAGGUGGGUGAGAAACUUACCCAACUUAUAGCCGACAAUCAAGUGGCCAAGGGAGAUGUUCUAACCGUAGCCCAAAUUGCUGGCAUAAUGGGCGCUAAGCGAACCGCCGAACUGAUACCCCUGUGUCACAACAUCAGCUUGUCCUCCGUGAAAGUGCAGGCCACUCUUCUGAAAACCGAACAAUCUGUGCGGCUGGAGGCAACCGUUCGCUGCUCGGGCCAAACUGGAGUCGAGAUGGAGGCACUAACUGCAGUUUCAGUGGCCGCUUUAACUGUGUACGACAUGUGCAAGGCUGUUUCUCACGAUAUCUGCAUCACAAAUGUCCGCCUGCUAAGCAAAUCCGGCGGAAAAAGGGACUUCCAGAGGGAGGAGCCGCAAAAUGGGAUAGUUACAGAAGUCGAAUAAGUCGAAUACCCGACUAACCGGAUUAACCACGAUACGGGGAAUGGAAAAUAAACUACUGCUUACUUGAUUUAGCCACAAAUAUUAAAUUAAAAGACUUAUGAAGCAAGAAUACAUAAGUGUAAAAAUGUAGAUGAAAUCACUUCCUUAUAGGAAACUAAUUUGACUAACAUACCAAUAAAAUGUUUCAGAAC